AUGGGAAAGAUAGAAGAAGUGGGUGAUUGUGGGUUGACUUCGAGUAGAAGGAACUCUUCAUCACAUUUGGAUUCAUAUCUGGAUCCACCUUUCAUGUGUGGGCCCCCACUUUCAGCUGCUGAAGGGUACUCACUCCAUUCUAGAUACCUUGCAAAAGCAAACUCCAGGAUUCUUUCUGAAAUAGCAGAAAUGAACAUUCUGUAUCAACGGGGAGCAGAUAGUGAAGGGCAUCCAUUUAUGGUUGUAGUUGGAGCACAUUUUCUUCGCCGUUAGGACGUUUCUACUGGAGUUAAAGAAGCUGAUGAAAUAUUAUGAUUUGUAGGCAAACAUUAUUCAUGAAAUAUUCAAAGUUUUACUUUCCUAUUAAACCUGUUAUUUGUGAUAAAGAUUCAAAAUGCUUCCUCUCAUUCAAAGGACACAUAGUAUUAUAGAUAGACUUACAGCAGCAACUGGUGGUUUUGUCCCUUUUCACAAUUUGGUUUAUAGUAUGUAAGAAGGGUAAAAUGGUAAUUUAUCUGAGG